GGGGGAUUCCUCUCUACCAUUGAAGCUUUUAUAUUUUCUAAGGUAAAGAAAAGAAAGGGGAAAAAAAAAAAAAAAAAAAAUCGAUUUUCCUCUUCCUUUCCAUCCUCACCUGCUAGAACCUUCCGCUUUUUUUUCUUCACCCAAUUAGGGUUUUUACAGGGUUUAUCAUUUCAUCAAUUCCCCCAUCUUCCAACUCCCCAUUUCACUUCACUGAGUUUCUGUGUUUCUUAGCCCCAAAUGGUUCGCUCCGAUGGCCUCAAGCUCAUUCGUUUGCUGGCUCGUCGUUCUUUCACACCCCAUCUCCCUCGCGAAUCAUCCACCUCUGUAACCGAUGCUGUUUUUCGAGGGAGUUGUAGGCAAUUCCAUUCUGGGGUUUGUAAUAAAUUUGCUUGUUUUGGAAAUUGCGCUUCGAAGAAUGUUAAUAAAAAGAACUGGUUUCGGUUAGGAGUUCUUGGUGCCAACUAUGGAGAAGCAAAAUUCAUUCAUGGAACUGCACACAUGUCUGCUAACAAUUAUUACGAUACCCUUGGAGUGAACAAGAAUGCAACUGCAUCAGAAAUAAAGAAAGCAUACUACGGGCUGGCAAAAAAGCUUCAUCCAGAUACAAACAAGGAUGACCCUGAUGCAGAAAAGAAGUUUCAAGAAGUCAGUAAGGCUUAUGAGGUUUUAAAAGAUGAGGAUAAGCGCCGACAAUAUGAUGAGGUGGGGCAUGAAGCAUUUACACAACAAGACCAUCAUGGUGGCUUCCCUGGUGGUGGAGGCGGUUUUGACCCGUUUAGUGGAAUUUUUAGGGAAUUUGAUUUCUCUAAUAUCUUUCGGCAGAACUUUGGUGGAGAAGAUAUCAAGGUUGUUUUGGAGAUCUCCUUUAUGGAAGCUGUCCAGGGAUGCUCAAAAACUGUAUCAUUUAAUGCAGCUGUGGCAUGCGACACUUGUGGUGGAAGUGGUGUUCCACCCGGAACAAGACCUGAGACAUGUAGACGGUGUAAGGGCUCAGGCAUGACAUACAUGCAAACUGGUCCAUUUAGAAUGCAAACUACAUGUACGCAAUGUGGUGGAAGUGGGAAAAUUGUGUCGAACUUCUGCAAGUCUUGUAAUGGGGAACGAGUUGUGAGAAAAAUGAAAUCUGUUAAGUUGGAUAUAAUACCAGGGAUAGAUGAUAAUGAAACUAUGAAGGUCUUUAGGAGUGGAGGUGCAGAUCCUGAGGGAAACCAACCUGGUGAUCUAUAUGUUACUGUUAAGGUUCGUGAAGACCCAGUUUUCAAAAGAGAAGGUUCGGACAUUCAUGUGGAUACUGUUUUAAGCAUCACUCAGGCUAUAUUGGGAGGCACUGUCCAGGUUCCUACUCUAACGGGAGAUGUUGUCCUAAAGGUUCGUCCUGGUACUCAACCUGGGCAAAAGGUUGUUCUGAAGAAGAAAGGGAUAAAAACAAGGAACUCUUACUCAUUCGGCGACCAAUAUGUGCACUUCAAUGUCAGCAUACCAACGACCCUUACUCCAAGGCAGCGUGAACUAAUCGAGGAAUUCUCCAAGGAAGAGCAAGGAGAAGAUGAUAAAAGCAGGGCUGCCGGAGCAUCUGGGUAAGAAGAUGCAGCAUUCUAAACUAAUUCUUUAAACACUCAAAACCCCGAUUUUGUUGUAGCAAAUUCUCCAGUUUUAGAAAGGGAAGGAAAAUAGUAAUGGGUUUACCAAUAUGAAAGUUUUGUAGGAGUAUUUGGGCGAGAGACGAACGCCAUAUAGUGGAGAUACUUUAGUUUCAUUUGUAUAGACUUGUGUUAUUUCAUAAUGGGCAUUAAUUCAUUGUCCACCACAUGAUAUUUAUGAUAUUUUCUUUUGUUUGGUUGA